AAGUCGUCAUUAUUCUAAAACUAAAGAUUAAUCGCAGAGAUUGUUUUGAAAUAUGAUUAGUAUUCGUAGUUUACUGACGCCUGCUGCUGCUGAAAUGCGAAACAAAUUAUUUAAGUAUGGUCCAUUCAUUGCGCAUGCGACGGUGAUGGACAUCCCCUGAUUUUCCGCCAUCUUCGGUUGUUCAACCAUUGUUCAUACAAGCUAAGUGUUGGUUUGCGGUCAGCGACUGGGUUGAUUUGUGCGCCUUUUUAUAACAACUUCUUUAAGUCUACAUGAGCAUUAUCCAUAAGGUCACAUAUUUAGAAAGUGUGUGUGCAUUACUCAAAAUACCAUAGCUCCACGGAUUACUCACUCAGGGCACGACCUACAAAAACAUGAUGAUGAUGAUGGACGACGAACAGCCCAAAACCCUGUAUGUAGGGAACUUGUCCAGGGAUGUCACUGAGCCCCUCAUCCUACAGGUUUUUACACAGAUCGGCCCCUGCAAGAGCUGUAAAAUGAUUGUUGAUACUGCAGGCAAUGACCCAUACUGUUUUGUGGAGUUCUAUGAGCACAGGCAUGCUGCCGCAUCACUGGCUGCCAUGAAUGGACGUAAAAUUAUGGGUAAGGAGGUUAAAGUCAACUGGGCCACAACACCAAGCAGUCAGAAAAAAGACACAAGCAAUCAUUUCCAUGUCUUUGUUGGAGACCUCAGCCCAGAAAUCACCACAGAUGAUGUAAAAGUGGCCUUUGGUCCAUUUGGGAGGAUAUCGGAUGCUCGCGUGGUCAAAGAUGUGGCAACGGGAAAGUCUAAAGGCUAUGGCUUUGUCUCUUUCUUCAACAAGUGGGAUGCAGAGAACGCCAUUCAGCAGAUGGGUGGUCAAUGGCUAGGCGGCAGACAGAUCAGGACCAACUGGGCCACUAGAAAGCCCCCAGCUCCUAAAACCACCUAUGAAACAAACACGAAGCACCUGUCCUUUGAUGAGGUUGUGAACCAGUCCAGCCCUAGUAACUGCACUGUGUACUGUGGAGGAGUCGGCACCGGUCUAACAGAACAAUUGAUGAGACAGACCUUCUCCCCCUUUGGACAAAUCAUGGAAAUCCGUGUGUUCCCAGACAAAGGAUACUCUUUUGUGCGGUUUACCUCUCAUGAGGGAGCAGCCCAUGCCAUUGUGUCUGUGAAUGGGACUUCGAUAGAGGGCCAUAUGGUGAAGUGUUAUUGGGGUAAAGAGACCACAGACAUGAUGAGUCCUAUGCAGCAGGUGCAACAAGUUCCCCAGAACAAAGUGGGCUUUGCGGCCCAGCCCUACGGCCAGUAUGCCCAGUGGUAUGGCAAUGCCCAGCAGAUUGGCCAGUACGUCCCCAACGGGUGGCAGGUACCCACCUAUGGGGUUUACGGCCAGGCCCAGGCCUGGAACCAGCAGGGUUUUAAUCACUUACCGGCCAGUGCUGGGUGGACAGGUGUGAGUGCCCUCAGUAACGGUGGGGUUAUGGAAGCUACACAGGGAUUGAAUGGGAGUAUGUUAGCAAACCAGGCCGGUAUGGGAGCCACUGGAUACCCCACACACUGAUAGGGGGAUAGUCAACUCUUUACUGGCUACUGGAGCAUCACUGGGAUCUGUGUUAUAUCCCAUCCACUUGAGGCAGACUAAGACUUUGGUACAUGGAAUUUGAAGUGGAAGUUGACCUCUACUAAAGCCAAUGAAACUGAUUUCAUGGGAGGUUAAGGGGAGCCAUGGAGAACUGGAAUAAACUACACAGGUAUUAUGCUACCCUUGUGUUAGACAGACUACAUGGGCAGGAUGGUACCAUUUUAAGUGAACUGUAAAUGUAAUAAUUGUUAAGGAGACACUUGGAUUUGUGCAUAUGUUGAUUUGUUUAGUGUCUCGAACUGCUACCAUUUUCAUAAGGACUCUUGAACAGUCAACAUAAUGUGGUUGUGAUUUAUUUUUAUUUUUUAAGAUGAAUAAUCCAUUUUGAGUUUGAUGCAAUGAAUCAUGUAAAAAGUAAUGGAAGUAAUCAAUUUUUUUAUUAUUUUUUAUUAUUUUGAUUUCAAUUAAACCAAUUGCAGGGAUAGAUGCCACUGCUUUUUUUCUGUAAGGGCAGACACAUUGCACAGUAUUCUAUUUUUUAUUAUUCCAAGAGGAUUACUUUUUGCAUUCAAUUUUUCCCCUGUAUUUCGUUUGGGAGGCCUCAACUUGCUUCAUGUGUAAAUAACCAUACAUAUAUUUCAAACUGUAUAAAGGAAAAUGAAAAUGUUCACAAUGGGAGUUUGGUGCUUUUUGUUUUGAUAACUUAAGAAAUUCAACAUUGUUAGCAACACUAUCAAGUGCAUACCCAUGGUAACUGGCACAGUGAUGCAUGGACUUCUGGGAAGGGAAAGGGGCAUUGCUAUGCAGUGCACAAAUUCACUCAAUUUUGACUUUGAAUACUAAUUCUGUACAUAAAUGGAGUUUUCUGCCAUUUUCUAUGAAGUAAGAUCAAUAUUUUUUAUGGAAAAACCUGAACCAGAAAUGCUAAUCAGAAAUGUGAACUUAGACAUGUUUUAAUACCAGGCCCAUUGUGUUGCCUUAGAAUUGAACGGACACAAUAUCAUUCAGAUUAGGCAGUGUCUACAGACAAUUUCUGACCUUUUUAGUUUUGAAAAGUGUUCUCCUCUGGGGGUUUGGUAAUGUUUCUGCUACUAUAUUUGUUCUUGCUUUGUCCAAUUAAAAUGCUGAUGUGCAUAAUAAACAAUUUUCUGUGUC